UAUAACUUGUCGACUCAGACGAGGAAAUAACAACGUCAUAAUAAAACAUUUUGUGUUAUAUAUCAUAAGGGUGAUAAAAAUUCGCAUAGAUUUAGUGUCGAGUGCUGAACAGUGUUAAAAGUAGUUUUAGUGCAGUUUUGUGUUUGUUGGUGCACAGAUUUUAUAUCGAUUUCCGAUAUAAAAAAUGUCAAGAUGGUCCGGCCCGUGUACGCUACGUUGCUUGUACUGUCCAUGACCACGCACGCGAGGUCGCAGUUUUUUGAUUUCUUCUCAGCGUUGCAGCCAUACGGCCAGCAGACAUUACGACCAAUCUUCCAAAUCGACUUCACAACUAAGAGAAUACAAACAACCAGAACCACAAAAAGGCCGGAAGCCACAACAAAAAGGACGCCGCUCUCAUUCUAUUCACAAACCACAAAACGUCCGGAAACUACAACAAAGCGAAAUACAAAAAAUGCACCUCUAAUUUACGACUUCUUCAGUACAACAGUCAAACCUAGUAGAAAAACAACCAAAGGCAAUCCCACGAGAAGGCAUUACGAAAACAACUCCCGCGCAACCAUAAACAUUAGUAAUAACAAAGCUAGCAAAGAAACAUCUAGAACUGAUUCUAAUAGAAGCCAAUCGAAUAAAUCCAAAAUAGGAAACACAAGAAACGUUAACGUUAACGCAUAUAACAAUAACAGAUCUAAACCAAACAAUUCGAACAAUGACGAUAGACUUAUAUUUGAUGAUGGUAAACGCAAUACGGUUAUAAAUUAUGAAUCAACAAAACCUUCGUAUUCCUACAAUGAUUCUAACAAAAAGAAUGCAUAUCCUUACACAGUCAGGCCUGGAGUACGGCCCGCUAUUGUAAAUGGGCCCCCAAUUACCAAUAGGCCUGCAACUCAAAGGCCUAGCUUCGGUCCGAGGCCUGAAGGCGACGAUGACGUAAGUCCAGAACUGAUUAUAGGGCCUAAUGAAGAUUACAUGAGUACUGUGGAUAAGAAGCGCUAUAUUGAAAUGGCUGAGAAAAUGUGCGACAAGUACAAGGCGCUGGACAUUAAGCAGAUCCAGGCGAUUCCGUUAGUGCCGUCGCCGGAGCCGGUGCGCGUCAACGUAUCCUCGUGCGCGCCCCACGAAGCCCCACUGGUGGUGGGCGGCCGCGUCGCCUCCAUCCAAGAGUUCCGCCACAUGGCGCUUCUAGGCUGGAGCAAGCUGCAGUACGGCGGGUACUCCUGGAAGUGUGGCGGCUCGCUGGUCAGCAGCCAGUACGUGCUGACGGCAGCGCACUGCGCGUACCAGGACCGAGACAACAGCGUCGUCAUAGGUCCCCCGAAAGCGGUCAAGCUUGGCACAUCCUACCUGGACGACCCGGACGCGGUUGUGGUCAGGGUGGCAGCAGUUGUCCGGCACCCAAAGUACAAGCUGCCCAAGUCCUACUAUGACAUUGCACUUGUCAAAAUGGCCAAAACUGUCUCGUUUUCCAGCGUGAUAAGGCCAGCCUGCCUGGGAAUUCCACCAGCUCCUGGCAGACCAAUCAUCGCAACUGGAUGGGGCAAGACCGAAUUUGGUGGCAGUCUAUCUCAAGAACUGCGCAGCGUGUCUCUACCUAUAUGGGACAUGACAGAGUGUUACAGCGUACUUGGUACAUCUAGAAGACUCCCAGAAGGACCUCAGAGCGACAGCCAGAUCUGCGCCGGGGAGAAGAAAGGCGGCAAGGAUACUUGUCAGGGUGAUUCUGGGGGUCCAGCUCAGAUCCAAGAUGGCUGCUCAUGGAGAGUGGUCGCAGUCACAUCUUUGGGGAGAUCCUGCGGCGCUGCCCAGACUCCGGCUUUGUAUGCAAAAGUACCUAGAGCGUUUAUAGCUGCUGUUGUUUUUAGUGGACAAUCCAACAACAAUCAACCAUAUAACAAUCAGCAGCAGUCGAGCAACAAUCAGCAGUCCAACAACAACCAACAAUCAAACAAAACACCACAAUGGAACACCAGUCAAUGGAACAGCCAACAGCAACCGAGUAGUCAAACACAAAACAACAAUCAACAGUGGAAUAAUCAACAACAAACGAACAGCAAUCAGCAAAAUUGGAACAAAAACCAGCAAGAGAACAGUUGGACUUGGAAUCGUAACCAAGGGGAAGCAAACAAGAAACCAGAAUAUAAUAACCAACCACAAUCUAACAACAAUCAACAUUCCAACACCAAUGGGCAAUCCAACAACAAUAUAAAGAGAAACGAUCAAAAUAAUCAAGGUUAUGAUAAUCAAAAUGGACAUGAAAAUUCCAACUACAACCAAAAUAAUAACAGAGGACAGUCAAAUAAUGGUUACACAACCGAAAAACCGGUUUAUAACCAACAAAGUGGUUACAAUAAUGGUUACACUACAGAAAAACCUGUUUAUAACCAACAAAGUGGUUACAAUAAUGGUUAUGACACAGAAAAACCUGUAUAUAACCAACAAAGUGGUUAUCACAACGGUUACACUACAGAAAAGCCUGUUUAUAAUCAAAAUAGUGGUUACUAUAACCCUUAUACGACAGAAAAACCUACUUAUAAUUCCCAAAGUGGUUACUAUAGCGGUCAUGACGAAAUGGUACCAUCCGGUUACCAAGCUGGUAGGGGCUAUAAUGAUGGUAGAGUUUGGUGGACGUGAAAACAAUGAAAUAAUGAAUAAUUUUAUCAACACUAAUAUUAUAAACUACAAACUUUUUCCUGGCUUUGUCCGCAUGUAAAUAUAUUUUCAUGGCGGUAAAGGAUUCGGAGUAAAGGUUACUAGAGAGAGAACAAAUCGCCUCAUGCCGGGGGGUUGUUGUAAGCCCAGCGGGCAUACACAGCGGUUAACCGCUAAUAAUUGUGGCCGAGUGAGUUUUUGUACUGGCCAUAAGUUUUACAUUACGGCUUUGUAUGAGUUUCAAUGAAUGAAUGGUGUAAAUAUUGGAUGGAAGCAGGCGUAACUUUGCGGAAAUCCAU